AUGACCUCCGCACUCGAUCAAUUGAAAGCCACUGGCACUACCGUGGUCUGUGAUUCGGGUGAUUUCGCGACUAUUGGGAAAUAUAAGCCUCAAGAUGCCACGACCAACCCUUCCUUGAUCCUCGCCGCUUCCAAGAAACCCGAAUAUGCAAGCUUGAUAGAUUCUGCGAUUCGAUAUGGCGAGAAAAACGGCUCUGAUCUCGAAGAGAAAGUCGAUGCCACGCUUGACCGCCUCUUGGUUGAGUUUGGAAAGGAGAUUUUGAAGAUUAUCCCCGGAAAGGUAUCGACAGAGGUUGAUGCCAAGCUCUCCUUCGACACAAAGGCUUCAGUUGACAAGGCGCUUCACAUCAUCAAGCUCUACGGAGAUAUUGGCGUUCCCAAGGACCGUAUUCUGAUUAAAAUCGCUUCUACGUGGGAAGGAAUUCAGGCAGCACAUAUUCUUCAGUCGCAGCAUGGCGUCAACGUCAACUUGACGUUGAUGUUCUCUCUUGUUCAGGCCAUCGCUGCAGCGGAAGCUGGCGCAUACCUGAUCUCCCCCUUCGUUGGACGUAUUCUCGACUGGUACAAGGCAGCUAUGAAGAAGGAAUUCGCUUCUCACGAAGAUCCCGGCGUACUCAGCGUCCAGAGCAUCUUCAACUACUACAAGAAGCACGGCUACAAGACAAUCGUCAUGGGUGCUUCGUUCCGAAACACCGGCGAAAUCACCGAGCUUGCAGGCUGUGAUUACUUGACCAUUUCGCCCAACUUGCUCGAGGAACUCUUCACAUCCACCGCCGCUGUGCCCAAGAAACUGGACGCCGCGAAAGCCACCGCCCUCGAUAUUCCCAAGCGCACCUAUCUGAACGACGAGGCUGUGUUCCGCUUCGACUUCAACGAGGAGCAGAUGGCAGUAGAGAAGCUCCGCGAAGGUAUUUCGAAAUUCGCUGCGGAUGCUGUCACCCUCAAGAACAUCUUGCGGGCUAAGCUCCAGGAGGCAUAA